CCUCACUGUCCCGUCGGUGUUUUUUCUUGAACUGCGCCGUGAACGAGCUUCUCCUUUGUUUUUAGACUACUUUACAAUGAGGCGACGAGCUUAAAUGUUACUGUGAGUGAAGAAGGGACGUCGACGCGGUUAAAUGCGAGGUUUUAACUCACCUGGCCGCGUGGUAACAGGAUCUGUUCAUCAGCUUUAAAAAGAAAUCAAACAGCCGCAGAGGAUCAUCUGACCUGAGCUGACGCUACUGAUAUCUAUCAGAGCAGAUGUCAUUUUGACUUUGAGAAUGAAUACCGACAUCCCUUACAACCAGCUGGUGGACGUGGAGAGAAGGAGACAAGAACACAACAGGAAAGAACAAGUGUAUUCCAGGUGUGUGCUCGCUCUGGCCACUGUGGCCACUUUGCUGCUGGUCGCCACGGCCUUCUACAACCUCCUGACACCAAGGGUUUCCUCCUCCCACCCUGCCCCGAGCAGCAGCCUCCGUCUGGCCCAGGGCGAGUCCUGCUCAGACCCCUGCAAGAUCGUUCUGGUGGAGAGCAUCCCUGAAGGUCUAGAGUUUAACUCCAGCACCACCCACCCCUCCAUCUUCCAGGCCUGGAUCAAUCUGAUGGCCGAGGCUCGCAGCAGUGUCGACAUCGCCUCCUUCUACUGGACGCUCACCAACAAAGACACUCACACUGAAGAGCCGACAGCCGACCAGGGUGAGACCAUUCUGAAGACUCUAGCUGAGCUUUCAGGGAAGUUGUCUGUUCGUAUCGCAGUGAACACGCCACAGAUGAGACAACCGCAGGACGACCUGAGACUGCUCAACGACUCAGGAGCUGAUAUCAGGACAGUUAAUAUGAAAGCGCUCACCUCAGGCGUCCUCCACACUAAAUUCUGGGUUGUAGACAAGAAACACAUUUACAUUGGCAGUGCCAACAUGGACUGGAGGUCCUCGUUACACGUGAAGGAGCUUGGCGCGGUGGUCUACAACUGCAGCUGCUUGGCCACAGACCUGGGCAAGAUCUUUGAAGCCUACUGGUUCCUGGGGGAGAGUCAGUCAGUCCCAUCACCGUGGCCCUCCAGCUUCACCACCCUCUACAACAAGGACACACCCCUCCAGCUGCCACUCAACAACACGCCGUCCAACGUCUACCUGUCGAGUUCCCCUCCGUCCUUCUGUGCUGCCGGGAGGACUCCAGACCUUCAGUCCGUCCUGAGUGUGAUGGAGGAUGCCCAGAGCUUCAUCUACAUCGCUGUCAUGAACUACCUGCCCACCAUGGAGUUUUCACAUCCUAAAAGGUAUUGGGCAGACAUCGACACCCAGCUGAGGCGAGUGGGAUACGAGAAGCGGGUCAAAGUGCGCCUGCUGAUCAGCUGUUGGGCCAGCACCCAGCCGGUCAUGUUUCCCUUCCUGAAGUCUCUGGCAUCAGUUUAUGACGCCAAGAGCAAACUGGACAUCCAGGUGAGGUUGUUUGUGGUGCCUGCCAGCCCCAAGCAGAAGGAGAUCCCCUUUGCCAGAGUCAACCACAACAAGUACAUGGUCACUGACAAGGUGGCCUACAUAGGUACGUCCAACUGGUCAGGUGACUACUUUGUGAACACAGCUGGCUCGGCACUGGUUGUCAACCAGACUGCAUCACAGACCUCGGAGCCAACCGUCCAAUCACAGCUGAAGGAUGUGUUUGAGAGGGACUGGAACUCCGACUACAGCACUCCUCUAACCCAGCACUCAAACCUCAAAGACUUGUGUUAGUUUCCAUAGCCAGUGUUACAAAUACCACAUCAGUCUACAUUGGGGUACCACAGCUGGACUCUGCUGUUCAACACAUAUUGCAGUGCCAUAGUUGCACAUGUAUUUAAGUAUUCAAAUUGUACUGCAUUUUGUACUAGUCAGUCUAGUUCUCAGACGACCUCUCAGCGGAGUAGAGUUUCUCCGUUGGCCAAGGAUCAAAAAGGACUUUGUGUAGUGUGUAAUGUGCCGUCAAACCAGUAAACUGCCUAGUACUUCCAGUCUCUACCACUACCAGGGGUUCUUCAAGGGUGCUUGAUUUAUUUUUUUUCUUUAAGAUGAGAAUUACUUUGCAUCUCUUUCCUGUUUCUAUCAGAGGUGGCCGGGGUUCAGACUACAUGUGUGGGCAAUAAGCCAGAUAAGACUUAAGUUAAUGAGAGUGAAACAGGUCAGCAGUCAGAAUGUUACCAGCAUUGGCACACACCAUGAACAGACAUGUACCAUUAACUUGAAUGAAUUAAAUCAUGGUUUCUGUUGUGCAGUGCCAGUAGCAGCAGGGGGUGCUGUUUUAGUUUUCCAGGUCAGUUUAACGCUGAGGUACAGUGAUGUUUUCAACUGGCUCCCAUAGUCACGCCUUAAGGGAUCAAUCACAAUGCAUUUCUCAGUGGGAGUUUUUUUUUUUUAUCCCAGCUCAUCUCAGGGAGUGUUUUCUUAAAUAAUCUUUUUUUUUGGUUGAAUCUGGAAUAAUUAAUGC